AUGGCGCAAUCUUAUACCGCGGUCCUCUCCAUCUAUGCCGAGCUGCUCUCAAACAUCCGACAAGUGUCUGUCAGAGCCACGCUCUCCUCGUCGUCAGACUUGACGACCAAAGCUGAGAUCCUUGACGAUGGCCGUCGCAUCCAAGUCCAUCACCGCGGCGAGGUAAGAGCGCUUGAUCUUCCGGCCCGAGUCUCAGUGCGCUCUGCGAUACCGAUUCCAGAAAAUUCUUCACUAGACUUGGCAUGGAGGUUGCCCGUGCCCGCCACUGAAACAGGACUGCCGCGAUUCUCUGCCGAGAACCAGUCAGUACCUUGGAGUUCAACAGAUAUCAAGGCUGGAUCCCGCGUCUGCUGUCGGCACUGCGAUCAUGUAAUUGUACAGCCAGAGCGCAUAAAGUCAUGGAAAGACCUGCCCAGCGAGAACUGGGCGGAGAUGAUGGAGUUCUGGCAUUGUCACAAGCCUCAUGAACAUGAGCAUCACGAUGGCGAAGCCUUGUCUAAGCGUGGCUACGGAGCUGAUAGCUCGAUCACCGCCCAGCCAGAAAGCGGGUUUGUGGACCUCACUUCCUUCAUGUUCUCCGAAUCGGAUUGUGAUGGCCUAUUAUUUUCCCACCCAGCUUCCGAUGCCUCUUUCGAUUCCGUCAAAGAAGCCAUAGACGAAGCCGAUCCAGUGAAGCCUCUACGUGUAUCCUGUAAAGCUUGCAAAGCAGAGAUCGGGAUGUUUAAUGCGCUGGCAUCAUCCAUAACCCUGUUCAAGUGGCAGGUUACGUGUGAAACGAUUCAUCCCAGCCAGGCUCCAAGCAGCUCAGAGUGCCUGGCAGCCACUCUAAUAGCGACUAUAUCUCGGUCGGGCUCGUCUAAAUCCGUGGUGGCAUCGCAUACACUUAGUGUUGAUCCAGAAACACCCCAAUCAGAGACAUCCCAAUCUCUACAUCUCUGGGUGCUCAACGCGAAUGUGGUAUAUUCGUCAACCAUGCGCAAAGGAAGGCGGGUGGCGAUUAAAGUGUUGUAUCAAGAUAUUGAUGCGGAGGAAGGAAACAAGCUAGUUGAUUCCAUGACCUCGGGCGUUCAGGAAAUCAGCUUUCCAGCAACCGCUAUAAAGGCGGCUCGCCAGGUUCUCGAGGAAAGCAACGAUUUAAUGCCCGCCUCAGAGCGGCUAUUUCAACAAUGGCACGUUGGCCUACUAGAGCGCUGGGAGUAG